AUGUAUACUAAAGAGAGGCUUGUGGCUGGUUCACAUAACAUGAAUAAGUUCGUUCUCAACAAUGCUGAUGAGAUUGGAAGAGUAAGGACCAUCAAGAAUACUGACACCUUCAAGUUCUUUGCUGGCCUGGACAUUAUUGACGUCUUUUUGGUAAACAAGGAUGGGCGAUUCUCUGGAGAAGCUUUAGUGGUCUUUGCAGGACCACCUAUGCAGGCGGAUCUUGCCCUUCAGAGAGAUCGACAAAACAUGGGAAGGAGGUAUGUAGAAGUUUUUAGGUGCAAGAAGCAGAAGUAUUACCAUGCUAUAGCUGCUGAGGUGAAUGAAGGAUGUUAUGGCAACAUUGACCACCGUGGAACCUCACCGCCAGCUCGACCGAAGAGGUCUCCGGACAAAGAUAACAUGGAGUAUAUGGAGUUCUUGAAGUUGCGUGGCCUCCCUUACUCAGUUAAAAAAUCAGACAUCGUGAAAUUUUUUGGAGACUUUAAUGUGAAGGAUGACAAGAUCUGCAUUGCAUGCCGGUCUGAUGGGAAAGCUACUGGAGAUGCAUAUGUAGAGUUUGCCACAGCUGAAGAAGCUAAGAAAGCCAUGUGCAAUGACAAGGUGUUGAUUGGAUCUCGGUAUGUGGAACUCUUUCCUUCCACACCAGAUGAAGCAAGAACAGCUGCAUCAAGAUCACGUCAUUAA